AUGGCGGAAGCCGCGUCUGAUGGUGCUGCGCGGUUCUCUUGUCCCCCCAACUUCGCUGCGACGCCCCCAGCCUCAGAACUCCCUCGUGUCUCCUUGGAGGCGCUGGCAGACCCAGAUACGGAGCUGUGGCUUAUCCGAGCCCCUGCGGACUUCGCCCCAGAUUGCCUCAAUGGACGCGUCGUGCCUCUCUCUGGCUCCCAGAUCGUGAAGGGCAAGUUGGCAGGGAAGCGACGUCGUUACCGAGUCCUCAGCUGCAGGGAUCCCCAGGCUGUAGAAGCCACCCUGCUGGCCCCCUCAGCCAAGACAGAUGGUGGACUGACGUGUGCCCCGACCCCCCAGGGCAGCAUAAGGAUCUUUGAGGGUCUCCAAGAAUCCCUGCCAGGGACCCCUCUGCAGCCCAUUCCAUCCAGUCCCCCACCCCAGAUCCCCCCUGGUCUGAGGCCUCGGUUCGCCGCCUUUGGAGGCAGCCUCCCAGUCACAGGGCCUGGGGCUGCGUUGGCCCUGAAGACACCAGCCACUGGGAAGAAGAAAAAGAGGAGGCAGCUGUUGGACGCCUCUGUCCCUCAGGAGGCAGUGAAUGGGCACGGGACCCUGGAGGUGGACACAGCUUUGGGGUCCCCAGAGAUGCAUGUGGGGAAGAAGAAGAAGAAGAAACAGCAACAAGAAGUGGCGGUGAUGGGGCUGCUGGCGAAAGAGCCGGAAGCUGACACGCCGGAGGCCCUGGGAGCGCCAUUACCUUCCACAACCAAGAAGCAGAAGAGGCAACUCAGAGAGGCAGAAGCGGUCAAACUAGAAACGGGGAUGGCAGAGCCAGAAGCAGAGAUGGUGAAGCCGGAACUGACCGAACCUCUGGAAGAGAUGGUCCUCCCCGCCGCAAAGACGAGGCAGAAGGGGACGGCAGGGGUGGGGCCGGUGCAGGCGGGCACAGCCGAGCCUCGGCCGCAGGUGGGGGUGGAGCUGCAAGGAGAAGCCAUGCUUUCGCCCUCCACGAAGAAGAGGAAGAAGGCAAAGGGGCAACUAGUGAGGCCGGAGGCGGGGAUUGAGACGGGGAAGCCAGAGACGAGAUGCCUGGAGCUCCGUGGGGAGCCGAUGGGGCCUGAACUGCCGGUGCCUGGCGAGCCUCUGACUGUGGCAGCUGAGGCGUCCGCCAAAAAGAGGAGGAAAAAGGACAACGGGCUAAUUGUGAUGACGGAGCCAUGCGACGAGGUGACGGAGCCUGAGCGGCCGGCGGACACGCAGCCUCAGGCAGCUCCGGCAUCCACCAAGAAGAAGAAGGAGAGAAGGCAGAAGGUGACGGAGGCAGGGACCGAGAGGGCUGAUGUCCCAGGGGCCCUGGCGGAGCCGGCGCUGCCAGGUCCGGGGGAGUCCGAGGCGCAGGUGACUGCGGCAUCCGCCACGAAGAGGAGGAAGCUUCAGCGAGACCAGGAGGGUGGGAGGCCAGGGACGGGGCCCCAGGAGGAGAUGCCAGAGUCCAAUUGGGAGCCUGGGGAGGUGGCCACGGGAGGGAGGGAGAGGAAGCGGAAGAAGGACCUGCAGCAGGAUCCCGUGUAG